AUGGGCUGGUUCACCUACUUCCUCUACUCACAAUUCUUCGUCACACUACCGAAACCUACCAAAGAUUUCUCAGGCGAAACAGUCAUUGUGACGGGCUCGAACACAGGGCUUGGACUCGAAGCUGCACGACACCUUUCACGACUCAACGCAGCCCUAAUCAUUUUAGCUGUCAGAAAUACCGACAAAGGGGAAGCUGCCAAAAAAGAGAUUCUAUCAAUUACAGGACGUCCCGAGGCAAGCAUUGAAGUAUGGCAGCUUGACAUGCAGUCAUAUGAGUCAAUAAGAGCGUUCUGUGCCAGGGCUGAGAAGCUACCCCGACUUGACGCUGUACUUGAGAAUGCCGGUAUAGCGACCAAAUUCUUCAAGAUAGUGGAAGGAUACGAGUCUGCAAUCACCACGAAUGUGAUCGGCACCUUUCUCUUAGGUCUAGGGCUGUUACCGAAGUUGAAGGAAUCAGCGGCCAAAUACAACAUACAACCGAGACUUUCUAUUGUGGCGUCAGAUCUUCACUUCAUUGCAAAAUUCCCUGCUCGCCAUAGCGACGAUAUCUUCGCUGCUUUGAACGACAAGACUUCGGAACUAGGAAUGGAAAGAUAUGCAGUCACAAAACUCCUUCAAGUGUUCGCCGUGCGUGAAAUAGGCGCUCUGCUUUCAUCCAACUCCAAAGCAAACUCGCCAACUGUCAUAAUCAACUGUAUGACACCGGGAGCCUGCAAGUCAGACUUCGAUCGGGAAUCCGAGGGCAUCGCUAGAUUAUUUGGCAACUUGUUAUCAGCAAUCAUCGCACGUACCACGGAAGCUGGCAGUAGAGCUCUUGUGCACGGAAUUUCAGUUGGUGAGGAAAGCAAUGGGACGUGCAUGGCGAAUUGCCAAAUCCAUGAACCGGGGCCACUCGUACGAGGAGCUGAAGGGAAAGUAUUACAGAAGAAGGUGUGGGAUCAAUUGAUAAUUCAAUUAGAGAAUAUUCAACCGGGGAUUUCUAAGAACAUUUGA